AUGGGCUCGGUGCAGGUUGUUGUGACCUUUGAGGAUGUCGCCGUGUAUUUCUCCAGGAGAGAAUGGCACCUGCUUGUGGAGGCUCAGAGACGCCUGUAUCUCGAUGUGAUGCUGGAGAACUAUGCUCUUCUGUCAUCACUGGGUUGCUGCUGUGAACAAGAGGAUGUGGAGGCACCCCGUGAAAAAAAUAUUACUCUAGGAAUCUCAAAGGCUCUGAAUCUGAGGUCAGCACUGCCUUCCCAGACGAGUCACCCCUGUGAAAGUUGUGGGCAUGUCUUGAGAGACAUUUUCCUCUUAGUUGACCAGCAGGGAACCCAACAGAGUACAGUACUGCUGCAGUGCGGGGCAUGUGCAAAACCAUUUUAUUUCAGUGCACAGAGUCGCCAGCAACAGCAGCAGGACACAAGAAAGAACUCUUUCAGAAGCUGUGUUAACAGAGUCUCAGUUGCAAAAAGAUGCAAUUUCCAUGUAUUGUGGAAGCCUUCUACCUCUAGUCAGGUUGGAAAAUGCUUCGUCGCCAGCACCAGACAUCGUGAGCAGCAGGGUGCUAAUGCCAUGCAUAGGCAAAAUGAAAUCUCCAAGUCUGGAAUGAGUUUUAAAACUGCAAAUUUUUCUAUUCGAAGAGAACGCAAGAGAGCCAUUGGCUGUGAUGACACACUUGUUGAGGACCAGAGAUUCCUUGUGGGAGGAGAAUCUUUUUCGUGUUGUGAAUGUGGGAGGUCUUUUACCAGAAUUUCUGCCCUUGGUGUUCAUCAGAGAGUUCACACUGGAGAAAGGCCUUAUAAGUGUGGCCAAUGUGGGAAAACUUACACCUAUCAAAGUGGCCUUCGUUACCAUCAGAAAGCUCACACUGGAGAGAGGCCUUAUGAGUGCACUGAGUGUGGGAAAUCAUUUAAGGAAAAGACUAUCCUUAUUCGCCAUCAGAGUGUUCACACAGGAGAAAGGCCUUAUAAGUGUGGUGAAUGUGGUAAAUCUUACUCCCGUCAAAGUUUUCUCUAUUAUCAUCAGAGAGCUCACACUGGAGAAAGGCCUUAUGAGUGCACUGAAUGUGGGAAAUCAUUUAAGGAAAAAAGUUCCUUUCUUUGUCAUCAGCGAGUUCACACUGGAGAAAAGCCUUAUAAGUGUGGUGAAUGUGGGAAAUCUUAUGCAGGUUGGUCUGGUCUCCAUCAACAUCAGAGAGUUCACACUGGGGAAAGUCCUUAUAAGUGUGAAGAAUGUGGGAAGUCUUACACCAAUCAAAGUGGUCUCCAUUAUCAUCAGAAAGCUCACACUGGAGAAAGGCCUUAUGAGUGCACUCAAUGUGGGAAAUCAUUUAAGGGAAGGACAAGCUUUAUUCGUCAUCAGAACGUUCACACUGGAGAAAGGCCUUAUGAAUGCAGUGAAUGUGGGAAAUCUUUUAAGAGGAAAUAUAACCUUCAUUGUCAUCAGAGUUUACACUGGAAAAUAGCCUAG